AACCCAAAUUAUGCUCAUUUCAACAAAACCAACUAGUUAUCCAAAAUAUUAAGGUGCUCUGACUGGGCGAGUUUUUGUAGUCCGUCAUGUUAUUUUAUAGUUACUAGAUUUCAUUGGUUUUAUAAUUUGAUCAAGUAUAACAUUAUUUAUUGCAACAGUUAUUAAUCAUGUCGGGCAAAGACAAAUUACCAAUCUUUCCAUCUCGUGGGUAAGUAAAAACAUCUGUAAUAAGAUAGACAAAAUUUGGGCGUUGUCUAUAUUAAUUGAAACAAACUAUUUUAGUUAUUAUGUAGGAAUUAUGCUAACAAAUUUAAAUAAAACAAUUUUAUAUUUUACAUAAAAUGUAUGUUAAGUUGAUGUUUUUCAAACAAAAGCCAAUACAAAAUAUAUACAUAAAUCGUACAGGAUGUAAAUUGGUUAAAAUGUAUCAUUUUAUUGUAAUUUUAAUUAUAUUUAAGGGCACAGACAAUGAUGAAAGGGCGUCUUAUGGGAGCACAAAAAGGCCAUAGUUUAUUAAAGAAAAAAGCAGAUGCCUUGCAAAUGAGAUUUCGUAUGAUUCUUGGUAAAAUUAUUCAGGUGAGUUGUUAUAUUUCUUCAAUCGUUGAUAAUUCUUUAUCAAAUGCUUAAUAUUUUAUAAUAACUUAUUUUUUUUAUUUAUAGACAAAAACAUUGAUGGGUGAGGUCAUGAAAGAAGCAGCAUUCUCUUUAGCUGAAGCGAAAUUCACAACUGGAGAUUUUAAUCAAGUUGUCUUGCAAAAUGUAACAAAAGCUCAAAUAAAAAUUCGCACUAAAAAAGAUAAUGUUGCUGGUAAAUAAAAAUAUUUUUCAUGUUAGAAUAUAAUCAUAAUAAAUAGUUUUAAUUUAGGAGUGACAUUGCCUGUUUUCGAAAGUUACCAGGAUGGUACAGAUACUUAUGAAUUAGCCGGUUUAGCUCGAGGUGGUCAACAGUUGGCAAAACUUAAAAAAAAUUAUCAAACAGCAAUUAAACUUUUGGUCGAAUUGGCUUCAUUGCAAACAUCUUUUGUUACAUUAGAUGAUGUUAUUAAAAUAACAAAUAGGAGAGUGAAUGCUAUUGAACACGGUAUGUAUUUAUAAUGAAGUACAUUUGUUUCAUCAUGUUUUAUGUACCUAUUUAAAAAUUGAUAUAUAAUAAUUCAUUUUCUAGUAAUCAUACCCAGAAUUGAAAAAACCCUUGCAUAUAUAAUAUCUGAACUUGAUGAAUUAGAGCGAGAAGAAUUUUACAGGUAUAUAACAAUAGAAGUAUAACUUUUGCUAUGAUUUAUAGUUGAUUUUUCAGAAAUUUAAUAUUACUUAAAUAUGUUGUUACAUAUUGAUUUAUGUUAUUAAGGUUAAAGAAAAUUCAAGAUAAGAAGAAAAUUGCAAAUAAGAAGAAAGAACAACUUAAGCAAGACAGAAAAGAGGCCGAGUAUAGUAACAUGUUGGAUGAAGGCGAUGAAGAUUUGUUAUUUUAAUUGAAAUGAUAUCAAUGAUGUCCUUGAAUAAACACAAAUUAGGUACUGCGAGGAUAUUAAGUAUUUGUUUUCUUAUUAAAAACUGAAAUGUUUUUGUAUUUCAUUCUCUUAGCAAUUAAUAUAAAAUCAAAUUAAGGGUUAUAUUGUACACAAUACUAAAUCAUCAUUUUCAGUUACCAUGUAAUAUGCCCAUUCAUCCUCAUUAAAUGUAGAAUAAUGAAUCCAACAAUUAAUGUAACUAAACUCAAAUUGAUUUUUAAUAUAGCCAAAAGUAUGGACCCUAAAAGUUGGUAAAUUGUUAUAUUUCAAAAAUAAUUUUAAGCGAUUUUAGGAUAUGCAAUAGGUAUUUUAUUAGAUAUUAUUUAAUUGGUUUAUAUUAAAUUAGAAUUUAUGUCUGUCAUAGAUUUAUUAUGGUAUAAUGUUUUAAUAUUUUUAUGUAAUAAACAUUCCAUCAUUUAUCUAAGUAUCGAGAACAUUUUGGCACAGACCGUUAGUGUACCUAUAAUAUGUAAUAAAAAAAAUUAUUUUAACAUGAAUAUUGAUUUAAUUGUUUUUUCUUAACUGCUGUGUAAUACUGCCUAAUGCUAGAAAAAAAAAAAAACUAUGGCUUUAAUUUAAUAUAUUGUGUGAUAUAUUAUCAAAUAAAAAUUUAAAAUUAUUAUUAUGUGCAUCAUUUUUUAAUGGUUUAAUAUGGUACUGAUUAUAAUAGUAUUAGAAACGGUAAAGAUAAAGUAUUAAAACUAUAUUCCUAAUAAUAAUAUAAUUUACAAAAUUUAAAUUUUAAACUAUUUAAUUACUAUUGUACUCAUAUUAUUUGGAAACUGAGCUUACGGUUAAUAUUAAAAUUCAUUAUCUACGUGUAUUAAAUCUAUCUAUUUUAAGACCCAUUUAUCUAUGGUUAUGGUUUAUGGACUCAAAAACUACUAAACUGAUUUUGCUGGAAAUCACACAGUUUAUUCUUGUUAAUUUUAGGAAUAGUUAGAAUGUUGUUUGAAUCUGAUCCAUAAAGUGGUG